CUAAAAUAUUAGAAUCGGUGUUUUAAAAAUACUUAAAAUUGUGAUUUUAAAUUAUUAUCAAGAGAUACGUGAAUGAAAUUGUUAAAAUGACGUAUACAGUAGAUCAAUUAUAUUCAAAUUGUGAUGAACUUACAAAUGCUAAAGAUAAAAUCAGUGAACAUCCUGAUAAAUUUCAAAUUAUUAUUGAUGCUGCUAAAAAUGGACAAGAUCCAAGUGUUAAAAAAUUAGCAUCUCAACUUAUUGGACGCUUUUUCAAACAUUUCCCCAGCUUACAUUUCCAAGCUUUUGAAGCAGUUUUUGAUUUGUGCGAAGAUGAUGAUGUCAAUAUACGGAAACAAAGUAUUAGAGAUCUGCCAAAUUUAUGUAAAGAUAACAAAGAAAAUACACUACGAAUAGCUGAUAUUCUAGCGCAAUUACUACAGAGUGAUGAUCCCCAAGAACAAAAUAUUACUGCAAAUUCAUUAAUCGCUGUAAUUACAUCUGAUGCACCAAGCGCAAUAAAAGGUAUCUUUCAACAAAUGGAAAUAGGCGAUGAAUUGGUUAAAGAACGUUGCUUUAAAUUUUUAUCAACAAAAUUCAAAAUAUUGGGCAAAGAAAUUAUUACCAAAGAAGCUGAAGAUGUCAUUAUUGAAUACUGUAAAAAAUUCUUAGAGAGUGCAACCGGUGAAGAAUUUAAAAUAAUAAUGCAGCUAUUAAAUAACACACAUUUACCAAAAACUCUAAUGGGUCAACGUGAAAUUGUAAAAUUAAUACAAAAACAUGCAGAUUUAGAUCAACCAUUUGAUCUACACGAAUCAAACAACUACAGUUUACAUAUGAUUACAUUAGCUGUAAAUGCCGCAUUACCAUAUUUAUCAUCAAGUGUUGAUUCAAAUGCAUUUAUGAGGUACAUGUGUGAACAAGUAUUACCACAUUUAGAAGAAAUGGAAUCAUUAGAAAAUGGUGAAAGUGUACAGGUUGCCAUUUUACGGCAAUUAGCUGAAUUAGCUACUUAUACUACCAAUUAUGAAAAAGUUGAUGAAUCAAUUGAAUCACUUUUCAAAAAAUUAUUGAUAUAUAUGCCCGCGCCGCCAACUAAUGGAGAUCUUGAUACAUUUCCAAAACAAGAAUUUUCAUUUGUCGAAUGUCUAUUAUACGCUUUUCAUAAACUUGCCAGAUUUUCACCGCAGUUUUUAACAAAUGAUGAAGAACGUUUAAAAGAUUUCAAAUUACGUUUACAAUAUUUUGCCCGUGGUCUACAAGGAUGUAUCAAGAAAUUAAAUGAAAAACUAUCAUCAGAUGAAUCAUUAAAGAAAGAGAAACAACCAAACGAGUUGUUACAAAUGACAUCAAAUAUAAAUACGUUAAUCAAAGAUAUAUUUCGAAGUCCCCCAAUAUAUAAAGCUAAUAUUACCUUAUCGUGGAAAGACGCUGAUGCAACAUCAAAUAAGACGGUAGUGAAAACUGCACCUGAAACAAAUGGUACCUCAGUAAAUCGUCAAAAGAGGCAUACACCAAUUACAUUUGAUAGUGAUUCAUCACCAAAUAAGAUUUCACGUGGAAAUGGAAAGCCUACAAGUUCUGAACAGCAGAAAAUUUAUACACCACCAUCUGGGAAAUACAGUACAAAAGUAUCUGGAUAUGAUGGUAAUCGACGACCAGGUCGUGGAAGUCGUCCAAAUGUUCGAGGAGGAAAGCCAAGUUAUCGGGGCUCUUCACGAAAUUGGAGGUUUUAAAUGCAAUAACCAUAAACCAGGAACAAAUCCAAGUCAUACUGUAUAUAUUAUUUAGACUACAAGUGUAAUCUUUUUUUAAAACCUCGUAAAUUUUCUAAACAGCAAAAAAUGCUAACAAUUGUGUAUAAUUUAAAAGAAGAACAUUUACUUAAAAAAAAAAGUGAGUGAGAAAUGUUUUUCGAAAAUGAUUAGCAGUUGGAGAAUUUUAGUUAGAAAAGCGUAGAAAAUUAUUCGACUUCGUUUACGUCAUUUACAUCGUUCCAAACAUGAAUUUUUUGAUUCAUAUAUGAAAAAUUUUGGGAACAUACAAUGGGAAAUAUUCAUUUUAUAAAAUGAUUUUAAACGUCCAAAAUUAUUUUGAAUUUUAAUUCAAAUAUAUUCCGAUCCGUAAAACACAAUACAAUCCUAUUCAAAACAAGGAUUUACACAAGGAAACCUACUCAAACAAGGAUUUACAAAAAUACAAAA